AUAUUCACAACCACAAUGGCUAACGUAAUUUUCUCAGGGAAAGAACUUGGAAAUUUCCUUCUUGACUUCCCAAAGAUCCUUCUUUGCUAAGAAAUGCGAACCCGAUUAUUAAUUAUCAAAAUAAAUAUAUUUAAUUAUUAUUAUCCAUCUCUAUUCCAUUAUUAGCCUUCGAUUGUCGAAACGCCUUUGUGAUCCUGGAGGUUUCUCUCUUGAUUAUCCAUAAGGCUCGAGUUUUCCUCUAUACUUCUGGAUCCGUGUAUUUUCCAGGAAGUUAUUUUCCAGGAAGAAGUUCACGACUUUCCUGGAAAAUAUAUUUACUUUUUCCUUCAAAACCCGUGGGAUCUCACGCUCUUGGUUUCAAAAUGGGACAACAGCAAUCCAAGGAAGAGCUGCUCUACCAGCAAGUCAAUUAUGGGAACGCGGAGGGCAUCAAAGCCCUUUGCAGAGAAGGUGCAGGCCUCGAGUGGAUUGACAGAGAGGGGAAAACCCCUUUGAUUGUAGCAUGCUUGAAUCCGGACCUUUAUAACGUUGCAAAAACUUUGAUAGAGCUCGGCGCCAAUAUCAAUGCUUAUCGACCUGGUCGCCAUGCUGGAACUCCUUUACACCAUGCAGCUAAAAGAGGCCUUGAAAAUACUGUGAAGUUACUACUUUUGCAUGGAGCAAAUGCGCUGUUAAUGAAUGAUGAUUGCCAAACUCCUCUUGAUGUUGCUAGGGCCAAGGGGCACAGUAACGUAGUUCGUGCCAUUGAGGGUCAUAUUUGCUUAUUCUCUGGUUGGCUGCGGGAGCUUUAUGGGCCAGGUUUUCUUGAAGUAUUGGCACCUCAAUUAGUCUCAAGAAAAGUUUGGGUUGUCGUUUUACCCUGUGGUUCACGUAAUCCUAUGAAGCCUUUUAAGUUGGAGCUUGCAAUAUACCCGAGUUUACAGGUUGCCCAGCCACGUGCAGUUAUCUCAUUAUGGAAAGCCAAUUUGGAAGAAUCAAAUCUACUCCAGUCUGAUCCUUCAGUGAUAGUACAUGAUACCUCCACCAUGUCGAGAGGCAGGAGGCGGAGACGAUGUGUUUACACCUCCCGAGAGGCGAGGUGUAGCCCUCGAAAACUUAGGCAAACACGCAUUAAGCUUGCACCUGCUAGUGAAAGUGACAAACAACAACUUCGAUGGUUUGUUGAUGCAUGCAAGGGAAUUCCACAGGCAAUGCAUCCUCCUGCAUUUUUGCAUAAUAAUCAGGCCCCAGUUGUUCCAGCCACUGCACCACCAGCUGCUGAAGAUUUGGAAAUGGCAAUGGCAAUGGCUAUCAGUGCCUCAAUUCAGUCUGCUGAGAGACCAUCUUUUCUCGACGCCCAUCCAAGCUCUGAAGCAAGCUCAUCCACUAGUUGGAAUAACUCUAUGAACAUGAGCAGUCAGAGUGGUUUGGAUGUAGCAAUAGCACCUGCUCCAAAUACUAGUUCCGAGUGGCCAGUGGAUGAAAAUGGCCCAGAUGACAAUUCAAGUCAGCAAACCCAGAACAACUACAUUACUUCAACUCAAAAAAAUCCUGACCCAGGUUUGGUCCCAUCAGCUCCAUCAAUGGCUGAUGAGAUUGUGGAAGACGGUCCUAUUCAAUACCCAUCAAUUGAUUCCACUCGUGUUGACUUGUCGUCCCAAAUAGCCGAGGAUGUACCUGCGACAACAGGUGAAAAGAAAGAUGAUGGAGGUGCAUCAUCAUGUGUGAUAUGUUUGGAUGCUCCAGUUGAGGGGGCAUGCAUUCCAUGUGGCCACAUGGUUGGAUGCAUGUCUUGUUUGAACGAGGUAAAAACCAAGAAGUGGGGUUGCCCUGUUUGUCGUGCCAAGAUUGACCAGGUUGUAAGGCUGUAUGCUGUUUGACCGUUGAGGCAGAAUCUGGAGAAGCUCUAAAUGAUGUGAAAAGAAGUUUGCAAUUAGAGAAAGUUGUCGGGAGAAAUCGGCACUGUCUAUCUGGAUGUUAUGCCUCCUGAAUGAGAAGCACAAGAGCGAGGCUGCCUACGAAACACUCUACUUCUAGUACUUUGUAGUAUGUGUGUGGACAAUUUACAGUUAUUAUUGGAGCCAGGAGAGAUCAGAGCAUGAUUGGGGUACCUAAAAGCAAGCCGUUUUAAGUUAUAAGUCAAUAGUUCUAUACAAUAUACUUGUGUAUGGGCCAAUUGAAACCAGGAAGAUUGAGAUUGGUGUAAAAAAAACUGUUGCAUA